UUUUUUUUUUGAUAAUUCGGUGGAAUGAGGACUGUUAAGUUUUAACAUUUACAGCGAUAGCUGGUCAGAUUUUCUUGCUAUCAAUAUGACAUAAUUGAAAACAGCUUAAAGCUAGUUGACGUCACAUUCUUGUUUACACGUGUGUGUGUGUGUGUGUGUGCAUUUGGUGAGCGUGUAUACUGACGGGCAGCAGUGAAACUUAUUUCAUCGGCAUUGUUGGAUACACGGCAACGUGCCUACGUCCUAGUGAAGUGAACUACAGCAACAAGAACUGAAGUAUUGAACUCAUGGAAGCAGGACACAAUAGGCAUUAGAGUAAUCUGUACAGUUUUCUCUCCCUUUAGUCUUCCAUCCCAUAGAAAUACAACACAAUUCUUAAGAUAUUUAGUCUUUGAGUUAUCCUCCUAUAGCUGAUUAUAUUGAUUUAUCGUUGGACUCGUCUCGUGUGUAACCACUUUUAGAUCGAUCGUGGCUCGAUGGUUUAGGUUUGGAUCUUCUGUUGUUGUUUUUUUUUCCCUCUUACGACGGGGGGAAAAUGUUGUUAGCGCAGCAAGAUGGAGGUCUCUGGAGUUAUUUCGUAUGUGUGCCGUGUGUUUGUUAUUGAUUGGUCGUGAACAAGAAAGUCGCUGAGAUUGUCUUUUCUGUACCGGGUGACACUGUGACACUAACAUGGACUGCCUCCCACGUGUGUACAGCGCCUAAUCAUGUCAACGAAAAGUCAGAGGAGCGUGGCGUUCCAGACGCCGGCCGACACCAGCAGCAGCAGCACUCCUGGGCCUACGGAAGACAAGACCUACAGCGUGCCCAUGGCGGUUCUGGCCAACAUGAAAGAGGCCAGCAGGUCAAGGUGCCGAGCGCGCUCAAGAUCCUGGUCACGUUUCCGGUCAAGACGGUCGAAGUCCCAGGACGCGCGGUCGUCUGAUCCUGGCCUGGGGCAGUCGCCAAAGAGGGAUCUGAGUGUGGUGGGCCUGGUUAGGACUGCUUCCAGGAACUCUGUCAGAAGCCUUGUGAAGCUCUUUGAAUCUAGAUGGAUGAAUGAAGGUCGCAAAACUCAAAUUGUGUUAUUGGAUGAGAGACGAUUGGACAUUAUUAUUCAGCCUAAAUUAUAUUCAAAUGAUCUUCUCGAUUUGGUGGCUUCACAUUUUAAGUUAAAAGAAAAACAUUAUUUUGGAUUAGGAUUUUUUGAUGACACAAACAAUUUUAACUGGCUUCAAGGUGACAGGAGAGUGUUAGAUCAUGAAUUCCCAAAGAAGACAGGGCUUUUAAUUUUACAUUUUUCUAUCAGGUCUUAUGUUGAAACAAUUGGUUUAUUAAGAGACUCACAAACUGUAGAACUUUUUUAUCUUAAUGCCAGACUUGGUGUUUUUAGAGGUCAAAUAGAAUGUGAGGCAGAGAUUAUUUUUGAGUUGGCAGCACAUGUUCUCCAAGCAACUUGCGGAGAUUUUGUUAGUAAUGAAGAAGCCAAAGAAGAUUUAAAGAAACUUCCAGUCAUUCCAACAUGCACGCUUAAGAAACAUCCAUCCAUUGCUUAUUGUGAAGAAAGAGUGAUUUUUUACUAUGAGAAGCUGAGUGGUACCUCAAGAGGUUUAGCAAUUGUCAAUUAUAUGAACAUCAUUGAGAAACUGCCAACAUAUGGUAUUCAUUACUACAAUGUAAAGGAUAAAAAAGAUAUACCUUGGUGGUUAGGGAUCAGUCCUAAAGGUAUAGCAGUGUAUGACAUAAAUGACAAAACAACACCUAGGAAGCUAUUUACAUGGAAAAAUUUAGAGAACUUGUACUACAGAGACAAGAAAUUUUCUAUAGAAGUUCAUGGUCCCAAACGCAUUAUACAUACAUUAAGCAGCUUCAACCCUUACGAAGAUGCAGUUAGAGAGCCCGCAGAAAGUAAGGACGAUUUGUCAACCGCUAUAACGGACCCUACCACCCAAGUCUCUGUCAGUAGAAGAACAUUUGGUGCCAGUAAUGUUGAUGUCCAUGCUUGGUUCACCACUACAGCACAGCUGACCAAAUGUAUCUGGAACAUGGCUGUAGCGCAACAUCAGUUUUAUCUAGACAGGAAACAAAGCAAAGGUCAGAUACCUGUUGUCAGGACUAUGUCUGAUAUUGCAGCAGAUCUGUGCUCAAGUAGCACCUCAUUACCAGGGUCCACAGGGUCAGACCUGAGUAGAAGUCCAAGUUCUCACAGUCUGCCCAGCCUCUCCAACUCAAGAUAUGAUUUAAGUAUAGAACAGUCAGACUCUAUUAAGGCUGAGAGAGACAUGUAUCAGGCUCUGAAAGCUAGGAAAGAAGCCCUGGAAGAUGCACUCAAAAAAAAGAUGGAGGAGUUAAAGUUAUUAUGUAUUCAAGAAGGGGAGCUGACUGGUGAGCUACCCAAAGAAACACCUUUGUCCUAUGGUGAGGCUGUGCCUGUAUUUAGAAGAAGAAUUGGUACAUCUUUCUCACUGUCUGCCAAAAAUGUAGAUGAUGUGAAUAAUCUUUCUAAUGAACUUUCUAAGCUAGAACUAGAAGUGGAACUCCAAGGUAAAAUAACAUCUGCAGCCCAGCGAUUGGCCAGUGAUAAAACUGUCAGCAAGUAUGUUCACAAACAAAGAAAACAGUCUUAUUCAAAGGCCUUGGUGAAGUUAAAAGAAAUGGAGAAGAAACUGUCAGAGAUGCACAAGCAAGUUGGAAAAAGUUCAGGAAGUAGCCACCACCAUCAUAACAGGGGCCGGCCCAGCGACGAACAUGAAGGAACUCCUGCUAAUAAAUUGACAUCUAAGGACAUGAGCCACCAAGAAGUACAGGAUGAAACAGCAAAUAAAACUAUCAUUAGUCCAAGCCACAGCAGUCCACAGUUGUAUUCUAACCAAGGGACAUCACAGAGACAGCAACAUUUUAUUGGGCUCAGUGGCCGAGGCACUAAAUCUGUACAGUCCAGUGAUCCUAGCAUGUCGUCCCACCUGACACCUCAUUCCAGACAAGAUACUAGCUAUGAGAGUGGCUUUAGCUCAGCAAACAAUAUGUACAAUGUCUCCUCCCAGAGAACUUCUCAUUAUGAAAGUGCUGACCAGCUCAAGUCGCCUGCAACCUCGGAACCUGGUCAUAUCUAUUCCUCAUUGUCCAGUAAUGACAGUGCUCUGGGUCUAAGUAAACAUGGCUCUGGUGAUGAGCCCUUUCUGCGGGCUGCACCCAAUUCUUCUGGGAGCUACUUGCAUUAUGGUAGUCUAGACAGGAAGAGGCAAAAUUAUCGGCAAGACGCUCUUCGGGAUUUGUCUCCAGUAGGCUACAGGUCACACAACAAAGGGUAUGCUGGUCACCGAAUGAAUUCACCGGAAACAGGGGGCUACAAAGAUCCACAGAGCCCAUCGCACAUUGUUGAUGACCAUGCUCCGACUGUGAGGCAUGCCUGGGACCAGAAUGCCUCCUACAAAGAAGAUGCACAUCUUAAGCCUGGUUUGAACAACUACAAUCCUAUACAUGUCUAUAGUCCUCGUAUGUAUGAAGGGGCCUUAGGAAGGCCAUAUCAUGAUGUAGAUGUGACUCAUGUGCACUCAAAGGAAGCACAUGAGCAUGGGCUGGUUGGGGCACACCACACAAUGUCGCAGCCAGUGUUUCAUAGGACUGAGCGUAGUCUUUCCCCUGCGAAGCACCAGGAAGUCUUGUACCAUCGACCUCACCCACCUUCUGGGUUUGAAUCUCAGCAUGGGGUAGGCUCAUUCCAGACAGUGCCAGAAGGAUACGUACCCAUACAGCAUGUUGAUAAGCAUUUCUCUAGUCACCAUAGUGACACACAUUUGUCUGGACAUAGCCAUGGAACAGACACACAUAUACCUAUACAAUUUUCAUCUGGACACAUCCGUGGAACAGAGACACACAUCCCCAUUCAACAUUCCCCCGGUCAUCUCCAUGGUAAUGAGACACAUAUACCCAUACAACAUUCAACAGGGAACAUGUAUGGGACGCAAGCACACAUUCAACAACAUCCAUCAGGACUGGUGCAUGGAAAAGAGACAAACAUCCCAAUACAACAUUCACCCAGUCCUAUUCCUAUCCCACAAAAUGAAACACGUAUCCCUGGCCAUUUACCAUUACAGCACAGUGAGGGGCACUCGUCAGGGUCUCAGUAUUCUCAUGUAGGGUCUCCUUCUUCACCACGUAGUCCAGCAAGCUAUGCCAGCAGUACUCUUGUGACAGUCACUCAAUUGCAACCUCACAGAGAGCUCACAAAGCCCUAUGAAAUCUCAGAUUUUUAUCGCUACAGUGAGAAAUUAAGGCGGCAAAGAAUUAUAGAUCAGUACCAGCGUCAGUUAAUGGGAGUGGACAGAAUGUCAAGGUCAUCAUCACCCCUUUCAGUUGACUCGGAUGGCCACUCAUCUCAUUCUGGGUCCAGCUCAUCCAACCCUGUGUCACAUUCUCCGAGUCAUCACCAGUCGGUUCCCUUCUCUGGCAGAGGUCCUUUACACACAUACAUACGCUCUGCCUCUGCACCACUUCACUCUACCCUACAGCCUCCACUGCAGACCUUGCCUCCCCCACACCCUAAUCACCCGGAGGGGCAAAUCACAUCCUCCGCAUCAUCGUACAGUGUGAAGAGCCAUGGGGCUAACAUGAACUAUGCAAUGCAGUCCUCCGUCAAAGUCCACCAGGUCCACACAGCUGCCAAGCACUCGGUCUACCAACCCCCUCAGCCCAUGACUUGCAACCCUGUCAGGAACCCACCGUACAAAAAAACAUAAUAUUUACGUUGCGACGCACAGAGUUUGUUUUAAAUUAUUUUAUUUUGUUUGCUAGAAACCAACCAACAGGGAAAGCAUGUUACAUUCUUAGUAGAAAUAGACUCACCAUAAUGCCAUUGUGUUGAUACCAUGAACUCACCUACAUAAUUGAAUGUUUCAUGUUAAAGGGUUCUUGUGCUAUAUAUGUUUUGUUGUUUGUAUGUACAUAUUGGAGACAUUUUAUUGACAAGUUUAUUUAACAUACAUCUCUAUGUGAAGAAAUGGCUACUGCUUACCUUUUUUUUUCUUUGUUCUACAUGUUGAAGUCGUCUAGAGAACAAAUAGAAAAUCAUCACAGUCAGUUCACAAUCACUCAACUCUGUUUAGAAGGGGGCGAGGCAGCAGUGUUAAACUAGUUUUAAAAUUAUUUUUUUUUUACUGAUUUGUCUAAUGUGAUCACCCAAACUAAAUCACGAUCCAAUGAAAUAUUUUCACAAAUCUAUUUCUUGACCAUUAAGCUCAGGUAUUUCUGUUUGGCAUACUGAAAUCUGUAAUGCUAUAUUCCAUCAAUACUUAAACCAAAAGUAUACAAAGUGAUGAAUGUAGUCAAUGAACAUCUAAUCUUAAUCAAUUCCUAAUAGAAAACAAUUAUUACAUGAUAGAAUGUAUAACCUAUUGGAAUGGAAAUUCCACCUAGCCAAAUUUAUGUCCUUUUGUUUUAAAUUCCAUUAAAAUUAGGGGAGGGGGGGGGGGGGGGUCUUUGUCCAUCAUUCCCUAAGUUACUAUAUUUAUAUUCCACCUGAAAAAAAAAGCAACAGCUUGACAUUUAAAACUAUUUUUAUAUAUUUUUAAAAAAACCUAUAAAUUAGUAAAGCAGCAUUUAUUUGACAUUAACUAUUAUAUAUAUAUAUAUACUUUUGAACCAUCUUUAAUAAAUUAGUACAGUAGCAUGUUAUGAGACCCUAUUUUACUCCAUGGGUGGCCACUUAAAGAAUCAAAGAAUAAACUGUUUAAAGAAAAGAAAGACUAUUAGAUGGAAAGCUCCCAUGACCAUUGUUUCUCACAUCAAGUAACAGUUCUUUCUCAAGAAGACUAUAUAUGCCACAUAUAUAUUUAUUUACCAGUACUUAACUUUAUUUGCUUAUCAAUGACAUCUAUUAGUUUCUUGUAGGAUUGACAAUAAAUAGUCAAGUAUCGUAAUUCUCAUUUCAAAACAAUAAUAAAAGUAAGAUUUUUCAGUGGUUUUGAUCAUUUACAUAUUUAUUAUCAAUAAUUAUUACUAAUAGUUUUCUAUUGAUAUAGAUUACUGAUACUUUAAUAUAGAAAAAAUUAUCAUUUUAUUAAAUAGCUAAUGUUACUCACUUAGUAUCAUUCCUGGUUUCUGGAAACCUGCAAGAAAUAACUUGGUCUGUUGUGACUGUGACAAUAUUGCCAAAUAAUUGAUGGGAUUUCUGUUUCUAGAUGUAUUCUAUGUUACUACAAUGUUACAUUGGCCACAUUAUUGUACUUAAUAACUUGCAGCAUUUGUACACGCUUGUUCCUUUAGAAUGUUAUUGGCAUCUUUAAGCUUAAUAGACUAAAUGUGGAAUUACAGUGAUAGAUUCUAAUUGUGGAAUUUAAAGUUGAUGGCUUUUGUAAAUUCCUGCCUGUUCAUUAAGGUGAAAUAGUGUUAGCAACAGCAAUUGGUCCCAUUGCUUUAACUGUCUUUUGUGUAGCUAUUGUUAGUGCUCAUUCUAAGUUAUUCAGAGUUCCAGAAACAAGACCAGUUUGAAGUAGGCUAAAGAUAUUGCCUAGAUGUAAGGGGAAAAAAAAGUUAAAAGGGAGGGGAUUUGAUAUGGUUUUCAAUUUAUUCCUAAUACAGACCAUCUUUCCUUGUAUCCAAAUUUAGAAGUUUUCAAUUUCUUAAAAUUGAAUAGAAUGUUUACCUCAUUACAUUACAUUGAUGAUUACACAUUUUAAUGCCCUUAUUUAAAAAAAAAAGACAUUCAAGUCAUGUACAAUAGAUUUUAUUUAAAGUCAGUAUCAUUCCUUUGACCUUGAUCACCAAUAUAAUUCUGAACCACUGCUUUCAGAGUGCUAUUUUUCAUUUUCUAUUGCAAUCAAGAGUACUUAAGUACUCCUGGUCUAAAAAUAUUUACAUUCAAAUGGUUGUUAUAAUCAGUGACUAAUUGCUCUUUAGUCUUGUGAGUUGGUUUGUGUAUCACGUGUUGUCUAAGUAAGUGUAAUCACAGCAUAGUGUGUCAACAUAUACAAUCACGAAACAUUUUUUUUAGUUAGUGUCCUAUUUACUUUGUUAAAUAAUAAGUAAUAAUAAACAAGUAUCAAUCUUUGUUCAAAAUUUUAGAGGAUAAUUCAUACUUAUUGUCUAAGCUAGAUAAUCUUCUUAGAAAAUCAUUUAAAGCUUUAUUAACAAAUCUUGUGCACACACUAGAUCUAUGAAUAAAAGUCUUGAGUCUAAAACAUUUGAAUGAUGGCUUUUAGAGGCUACAAUCCUCUAUGAAUGUCUGGGUUUCAGGCUUGCAUUUAAUGUAUACCUGUAUGUCAAGAUCAAGUGAGAUAUUUGUUAGUUGUCAGGGAAUAAAGAACUUGAGAUACAAUCGCUUUAUCCAAGUAAAUGGCACAUUUUAUUUUUACUUGUAUUAGUUUGUCAAAUUAAUCACCAUAUCACAUUGCUUGGCCUGCAGACUAUCAUUUUCUCAAGCCAUAAGUAUCUUGUUCUAGAGUUAUUCUUCUUUACAAGGUGUACCUCAUCACUGUGUGCUGUGAAUAAUGCUUCCCUUGAAGUAACCUAGUAGAGUGCAAUAUUAGCUCAUUCAUUCACUAGAGUGUUAAAACUGCUGUUUAUUACCCAACAGGCUCAUGGAGCCCAAUACUGUGUCCUCAAUGUGUUCAAGUCUUAUUUUAUUGAGAGAGAAAACAAGCUGACUACAAAACUCUUGCUGUGCUGGUGUUGAAAAGUGAACAAGUUUGUAAUAGCUACAUAUUUUAACUAUUUGUUGUUUGUUUUGUUUUCCUUUAUUUGUGGCUGAAUAUUAACAAAUUUAAAUCCUACUUUUUAGUGCAAUCAAGGUCUAAAUGGCAAAAAAAAUAAAUGUUUUGUUUAAGUCUGGGACACUUCUAGAAGUGGACACAUUUAAAAAAAAAUACAAAAUGAUAAUUUUUAAUAUAUAUAUAGUUAUGCUAGGAGGCCACAGAAAAUGUUCUCUGAAAGAAAGCAAAACUUAAACUUGGCUUUUAGUGAGUUAUCUUUUCAGUUUGUUAGUGAAACCACAUGAUCACUGGCUAUGGAAAUCAAAUUGAAUUUCAAGUGACUCUUUUUUUAAUUUUUUUAUUUAACUUAAUUUGAUGUUUGCCUUUUUAUUAUCAGACUAAUAAUAGCAAUAAUUUAUAGACAUUUAUAUUUUCCAUUUUGUUUGUUUCCUUGAUUUGUAAACAUAUUUUAAUUAUGUUUUUGGUUAAACAGGUCUAUUGUAUUGAAUUGUAAUAAAUGUAUCUACUUAAAAGACAGGGUACCAAAAGAUCUGAAUUUGUGAAAUUAUUAUUAUGCUGUUUGGGGGUUGUGUCUCAUUGAAUUUUUUGAUUGGACACAUCUUUAGGACACUUUUGGUGACUUUGUAUUGAGAGUUCAGUCCCCUUUCUACACUUUCAUUAUGAAUGUUUUUUUUAAUUUAGCUCUGCUUAUUUUGGCUUAUUACAGCUUGUCAUUUUCUAGGUCGUCACAACUUUGUGCACUGUUCAAUAAGACUCACUAGAACAUUCUUUACAAAAGUGUUUAGAAAGUGAGCAAGCAAAAAGUAAAGUCAGGUAAUUCAAAUUAUUAUUGAUAGAGCCAUGUGAUUCAAAUAAGUCUUUUUGUGUAAAAAGUUAUUGUUAUUUAUGUAGACUGAUGUUGUCGAGAUAUAAUGUGUAGAAUCUGGAGUCACUUGGAGCGUUCUAAAUAUGCUGGAACUAACUCUAGUAUUUGACCAAAUAAAUACAAAAAUAUUUCUCCUGAGUUACCUGAGAUGAACAACAGUUGGUAACAGGACAGGAAGGACAAGUCCUACCGUAGUGUCCUAAUCCUGGAGUUACAAAAGUUACCUACCAUUGUAAUUGUUACAGUUUUGAAAAGUUAUUUCCCCUUUUUUUUUUCUCCCGUAAUUAAGAAAUGUUGAUUUGGUAAAGUGCAGGUAAAUAUCAGCCGUAGCCGUUAAGUAACAAGUUAAGUGUUUUGUGACCAUACAGCAUUGACUUCCCUUCACCGUCCUAGUUCGUAGUAACACUGGGCCACUCAGUGACAUUCUCAGGAACUUUGGUUCAUGCCCUCUACCACCAUUGCCGUAGAAAGUGACGCAGUGCCAUGAACCAGCACAACCAACGCUCUUAGGAUUGACAUGUUUAUUUCAUCUGCAAAAAUGAAAGUCAGGUUUUGAAAUGAAUGAACUAUUUUUUAUUUAUGAACAAAGCCGAAGUACGGUACAAACAAAUAGGCUGAACUUUCUUCCUACAUUUCACCUGACCUUGACAUUGCUAUGCAAUCAACUUUUGACUCGCUAGCCAGUCACUUCCGUUGCAUUGACUCAGGGCUGUUUGAAACGUGUAUGGGUGGAAUGCUGUGUUGAGGUACAUAUUAAAAACUCGGACGAUGUAAACAUUCUUCAAGUUAUUUUGUCUGUAUAAACGAAACAAACUUUUGUUGUACCAUGCAAUAUGCCUUUUGUUGAGAAUAAAAUGAAUGUUUUUAUCUAA